CGCGGGGCCCGCGCAGCCCCGGCCGGCGCCCACCAUGCGGCGGCUGCGGCGCCUGGCGCACCUGGUGGUCUUCUGCCCCUUCUCCAAGGGCUUGCAGGGGCGGCUCCCGGGCCUCAGACUCAAGUCUGUCUUCCUGGUCUGGCUGGGCAUCUUGGUGGGCAGCUGGAUGGUGUACCUGCACUACUCGUCCUACUCGGAGCUCUGCCGCGGCCGCGUCUGCCAGGUGGUCAUUUGUGACCAGUACCGCAAGGGCAUCAUCUCAGGCUCCAUCUGCCAGGACCUGUGCGAGCUGCACAAGGUGGAAUGGAGGACCUGCCUGUCUUCAGCCCCUAGCCAGCAGGUGUAUAGUGGGCUCUGGCAGAACAAGGAUGUGACCAUCAAGUGUGGCAUUGAGGAAGUCCUGGACUCUAAGGCCGGGCCGGAUGCAGUCCCCCGGCGGGAGCUAGUGCUGUUUGACAAACCCACCCGGGGCACCUCUAUUAAGGAAUUCCAGGAGAUGACACUCAGCUUCCUCAAGGCAAACCUGGGAGACCUUCCAUCGCUGCCGGCACUGGUCAGCCAGGUCCUGCUCAUGGCCGACUUUAACAAGGACAGCCGGGUGUCCCUGGCUGAAGCCAAGUCCGUGUGGGCCUUGCUGCAGCGCAACGAGUUCCUGCUGCUGCUGUCCCUGCAGGAGAAGGAGCAUGCAUCCCGGCUGCUGGGCUACUGUGGGGACCUGUACCUUACUGAAGGUGUCCCCCACGGACCCUGGCAUGUGGCCGCACUGCCGCCCCUGCUGCGCCCGCUGCUGCCCCCCGCCCUGCAAGACACCCUGCAGCAGUGGCUGGGGCCCGCAUGGCCCUGGCGGGCCAAGAUCGCCAUCGGCCUGUUGGAGUUCGUGGAGGAACUCUUCCAUGGCUCCUAUGGGACCUUCUACAUGUGUGAGACCACUCUGGCCAACGUGGGCUACACGGCCACCUACGACUUCAAGAUGGCCAACCUGCAGCAGGUGGCGCCUGAGGCUGCCGUGCGCCGCUUCCUGCAGGGCCGCCGCUGUGAGCACAGCGCAGACUGCACCUAUGGCCGAGACUGCAGGGCCCCGUGCGAUAGGCUCAUGAGGCAGUGCAAGGGCGACCUCAUCCAGCCCAACCUGGCCAAAGUGUGCGAGCUGCUGCGGGACUACCUGCUGCCUGGUGCCCCCGCAGACCUCCGUGAGGAGCUAGGCACGCAGCUGCGCACCUGCACCACACUGAGUGGGCUGGCCAGCCAGGUGGAGGCCCACCACUCACUGGUGCUCAGCCACCUCAAGGCCCUUUUGUGGAAGACUAUCUCCAACACCAAGUACUCCUAGCCCUAGCUGGUGAUCCUCCUCUUCACCCCAGGGACCAGCCAUAAAGUGGCUUCCUCCUCCCUCUAGGAAUCCUGCUGCAAACUGCUACAAGUCACCCUGCUGCAGAGCCACCCUAGCAUCAGGACAGGCUGGACUGCAGCAGCCCAGAUGGGACCCUCUGGGCUCAGGAAAAAGGCUCUAGCAAGUAGGGCACAGGAGGACCUGGAUCCUGACUCUAGGGGGAAUUCACAGUGGCCCCGCUGGGUUUUGUUACACUGAAGGACAUGAUGUAAAUAACUUUUGUGAUGUUCAGUGUCUGGAGCAUCCCAAGCCCCAGCCCCUGCCACACAGGCCCCACCAUAGGCCAUGGCCUAUCAUCCCCCUUCAGCCAGGCACUCCAAUGGGAGCUGCUCUUGGCUUGGAUCUCCAGCAACCCCUUCUCAAACAUCUCAAGCUGUUCCAGUUAUCAGGGUGAUUAAUGAGAACACAAGGGGACAGGGAUUCUUGAAAACUUUGGUUUCUAAAGUAGCUGAUAAACAGCACCCUAUCCCUGGAUUAUGGCAUACUUUAUAAUAAAGAUCAUGA